AUGGCGGCACCGCCUACCUCACAAGGACCUUAUGAUGCCCAGGCACCUCCACUAGUAAGGGUGGCCCCUGAGGUGAGCGCGGUUCCGUGGCCGGAAGUCCCCCUCUGCCAGGCGCGGCCGCCGCGCGACCUCCAACCCCGCUGCCCGGAAGCGGCCCCGCCCAAGGCCUGCACACUUCGGCGUGUCCGGCUGGGACCUCGACCCCACCCGCCGAGUUGUCAGUUCUGCGGCCUAGGAAUGGAGCCCCACCCUGCUGACGAGGAAUCCGAGAUGGCAGGCCAAGAACUUGACCCUGCCCGCCAAACUUAUUUUUCCGUGGGCCAAGAAUCGGACUGUCUCUACCAAGAAUUGGACCUGGACUCCCUGAAUGAAGAUCUUUCCCUCGCCACGCCAGAUGUCACGGCACAGACCUCUGUGGGCACAUAUGAACCCCGCCCAACUUCUGAACCCGAAGAUCUAACCGAGGCCGAGCAAAUGGAGCUCAAAUCAGAGCUCAUUAAAUUAGAAGCGGAAAUCUUCACUCUUCGCCAAGUGUUGGCAGCCAAAGAGAGGCGCUGUGGAGAGCUCAAGAGGAAGUUGGGCCUCACGGCCUUGGUGGGUCUGAGGCAGAAUCUGUCCAAGAGUUGGCACGAUGUUCAGAUCUCCAACGCAUACAUGAAACAAAAGACAUCAGCUGCCCUGUCCACCGUGAGCUCUGUCAUCUGCAGGAAACUUGGGGACAUGAAGAAGUCGGCCACUUUCAGAUCUUUUGAAGGUCUAAUGGGAACAAUCAAGUCCAGAGUCGCAGGUGGCAGAGAGCUUGGCAGUGACUGCUUUCCUUCUGCAGCAGGGAGUGGGGAUGAUCCGCUCCCGGUUCCAGAGAAUGAGGACGAUAAUGUACCAGGGCCUGGAGAUCACCUGCUCCCUUUUGUGGAGCCAGAAUGA